AGUUGCUCCCAUUAUACAUCAUGGUGGGCACUGCCUAACUCCUAUGGGAAUAACUUAAGAGUGAAAGAGAGGUGGGAAUACAGGAGGAUAAAAACAAACCAUACACUUUUUUUUGCUCUCUUUCUCUCCUUUUGAGACUCCAAAUUGAAGUAUGUUGCUUUCUCUGUUUUUGCUGCAUCACAGAGAUUCUCCCCACCCUUUCAAGUCAAAUAAAAAAAAAGGAAAUGGGAAAUGGGAGAAAAGAAAGGGCCACAGCUCACAGCAUAUAUUCCCUCACAACACAACCCCACUUAUGUUUCCAGAUAUGGAGUGACAACAUAGUACAUGCCAACAAUUAUAAAGAGAAUUCAAUCACCUCCUAUGAUCAUCAUCAUUACCAUCCAUGGCUCUUCUCAACCAAGACAUGAACCUCGUCCUCUCCAGCGACGCCAAGCCCCGACUCAAAUGGACUCCUCAGCUCCACCAACGAUUCGUCGACGCUGUCAAACAGCUCGGAGGCCCUGAGAAGGCCACUCCCAAAUCCUUGAUGAGGGUCAUGGGCAUUCAAGGAUUGACUCUUUACCACCUCAAGAGCCAUUUACAGAAAUACAGACUGGGACGAAGCCACCAGUCGUCGUCUUCGUCGCAGAGCUUCCACCACGACAGCAGAGAGACGGAGAGUAGCAACAUAGUAACUAGCAAGAAGAGCAAUGCGGAGAAGACAAAUGAUGUGCAGGUGGCGGAGGCUCUGAAAAUGCAGAUGGAGGUGCAGAGGAAGCUGCAUCAGCAGAUAGAGGUGCAGAAGCAUCUACAGCUGAGGAUGGAGGCUCAAGGGAGAUAUCUCCAGUCGGUGCUCAAGAAGGCGGAGGAGACUCUCUCUGGAUACAGAGCCUGCUCCAUCGAGGCCGAACACGCUCGAGCUCAGCUCUCUCACCUCGCCUCCAUGGUCGACUCCGGCUGCACCACCUCCGUCAUGACUGACAGUGACGCCGACAAGGUCUUCGCCGGCUGCUCCUUUGAGAGCUCCCUCACCUCCUCGGAGAUCAAUGAUAAUCCGGUUUCGGAGAAACGGAAAAGGGAUGAUAUAGAUUUGAAUCGCGACUCGCUCAAUGAAUUCGACUCGGGGCCUAGACCUAGAGGGAUUGACUUGAACUCCGAUGGAACUUUUUAGUGUGUAUACUCAUCAUGUUAAUGCUAUACUAUUAAUAUAAUUAUAAGAUGCCUAUAUAUCGUGACUAUGUAUAUUGUUUUGUACACCCUUUUGUGGAAGAUCAGGAUAUCCUUAUUUUUUAAGUA